ACAAUUCAAUCCAAUCCAAGACCAAUGCGCCGCUGCCAUUUUCUUUUUGUGUAACGAGGUUUCGGGGCCGCGCGAGUGUUUCGUAAUCUGGUCGUUUUCUUACGUUGUCUGACACAUUCUAAUCAUGAGUAAGGCUCAUCCACCUGAGUUAAAAAAAUACAUGGACAAAAGACUGUCGCUAAGGUUGAAUGGGAGCAGAGUCAUCACUGGCAUCCUGCGAGGUUUCGACCCCUUCAUGAACCUUGUCCUUGAUGAAACUGUGGAAGACCUGAAAGGAGGAGAAAAGCAUGAAAUUGGAAUGGUGGUUGUCAGAGGGAACAGCAUCGUCCUUCUGGAGAGUCAAGACCGGAUAGGAUAAUGGUGCCCUUACAGAUUACCUAGGGAUCAAAAACACCUGCAACAUAUUUCAUCUCAUCAGCACACAAAUAAAGGCGAACGUGUACCCGA